AUGCCUUGGUACGAAACCCUCACUACAAAGGACGCAGCAACUCUAGUGGGUGUGGUAGUGGAUGACAAGGCGGAGGACAAGCAUGUGGCGUGUAUUGAGGAGCUGGCAAGCGCUUUGAAGCCCUCCUCGUUCACACUAACGGCAGUGUCACAAACAACAAACAUGGUUUUAGGCUAUGUGUAUGCGAAGUUUGAAGAGCAGGAGCUCACGAUCGGGCAGGUGAAGGUUGACCGCGGGCACCAGGGCAAAGGCUUAGGCGGCCUUCUGCUUGGAGCCGCAGAGAGACGUGCAAGAGGCCUUGGAUGGCCGUUCGCCAAGGUAAACUUGAGUGUUUUGGAGACCAACGAGAAGGCACGAAGGUGCUACACGAAAGCUGGCUUCAAGGUUUCUGCAUCGGCCCCAUCCCGCGCUGCCGUGAUGACGAAUGUCAGCAUGCAAAGAUCAAAUGGCUCAGCAUGCACAAAUGCACUUGUUGACAGAACUAUGUCAUAG